AUGUCUGCGUCGGCGCGUCCUAACACGGUGCGCCUGGUGUUCCUGGGCGCUGCGGGGGUCGGUAAGAGCGCGCUCAUCCGCCGGUUCCUCCACGACCGCUUCGAGCACAAGUACAAGCGCACGGUGGAGGAGCUCCACGUGCUGGAGUACGACACCGACGGAUCCGGGAAAAUGCGCCUGGAGAUCCUGGACACGAGCGGGAGCUACUCGUUCCCGGCCAUGCGGGAGCUCUGCAUCCGACACAGCGACGCCUUCGCCCUGGUGUACGCGGUGGACGACCCCGGCUCCUUCGAGGAGGUGCGGCGGCUCCGCGACGAGAUCCUGGACCUGCGGGGCGGCAAGAGCGCGCCCAUCACCGUGGUUGGCAGCAAGGCGGACCUGACGGAGGCCGAGGGUCGCGUGCUGCUCGCGGGUGAAGCCAUGGACACGGUGGAGGAGCAGUGGGAUGCCGGCUUUGUGGAGGCGUCAGCGCGCACAGGUGCAAACACGGUGGGAGUGUUCCGCGCAAUGCUGCAGCAGGUGAACCUGCCGCACCGGCUGAGCCCUGCGAUGCGGAGGCGCAGAGACACGGAGCCCAGAGCAGCGGCGAAGAGGAGAGCUCCUCUGAGGAAGAACAACAGCUGCAUCCUGUCGUAGAGACAGCUGGUUGGCCAAAGACUCUGCAGCCGGACUGCUCCUGUUCAGAUGUAUUAAAGUCUCCAGUGAACUCUAUGAAACUUUGCAGCAAAGUUUCAGAACUAUAAUGACUAAAUGCUGUUUAAGGGGCUCUAUAUGAACCUUGUGCGUUUACUAUGAUUU